AUGUACACACCCUCUUUUCUUUCUUUCUUUCUUUCUUUCUUUCUUUCUUUCUUUCUUUCUUUCUUUCUUUCUUUCUUUCUCGGACUAUUUCUUUCUGUCAGUCGAUCUAACUAUAUGUUCAUACCUACCUAUCUCUUUCUUUCUUUCUUUCUCUCUUUCUUUCUUUCUUUCUUUCUUUCUUUCUUUCUUUCUUUCUUUCUUUCUUUCUUUCUUUCUUUCUUUCCCUGCGUAGUACAGACUAUUUCUUUCAUUCUAUCUAUCUAUCUAUCUAUCUAUCUAUCUAUCUAUCUCAGCCUAUUUCUUUCCGUCGGUCGAUUUAACUAUAUACUAUUUCUUUCAUUCUAUCUAUCUAUCUAUCUAUCUAUCUAUCUAUCUAUCUAUCUAUCUAUCUAUCUAUCUAUCACAGUCUAUAUUCUUUCUUUUUUUCUCUCUUUCUUUCUAUCGAUAGCAUCAAAAGACUUCUCUCUUUAUCUAUUUUUAUCGAUUCAUAACAAUCACACUGCCUAUAACUAUCUAUCUAUAACUGUUCAUAUCUAUCUAUCUAUCUAUCUAUCUAUCUAUCUAUCUAUCUAUCUAUCUAUCUUUGUGUGGGUUGCAAUAUUUUUACUGGGGAUCUCAAUUCUGCGAGUUAGCUGA